GGAUGGGGGCAGUGACAGUAAUUUUUAUUUGUCAUUUCUGAAAAAUAAAAGUAGUAACGGUGCAAGUGAAAAGUUCUGUCUUAGACAACUGCAUCUUGUGACUGGACUUUUUCUUGAAAGUUUAUACACUAAUCUCCCGUGAGUCUGGUUGGUGGGAAUCAGUUCUAGACAGAUCGAUCCAUUCGUGGUGCUGUACAAGUUCAAAUUUUUGAAACUGCGAAGCUGACGACCAUCUGCUAAGUGGCGGGGAAGACAGCAUGGGACAAAGUUUCCCCAAAUCUGAACCCAACCAUGGCCACCAAGACACCCCCUCCACCACAGCCCCAGUGACUAGCUCUCCACCUUUCCCUGAUGCCAGCCCCAACAAAGAGCUUCUUCAUUUGAUUUUGGCCUUUUUUGCUGGGGUUCUACUGACACUGCUGCUAAUGGCCUUUGUCUUCCUCAUCAUAAAGAGCUACAAAAAGUGUCACUCCAGUCCCCAGGCCCUGGAUCCUCACUCAGAUUCUCCAGCUAAGCUAUUGGACAUCCCAGGAGAGUCACUUACCCAUGCCAGCAUGACUUUCAAAACCUCAGAAGCAAAGAGCAAUCACUUGACUGAAAACCACUCUGCAGACUCGGACCCCAUUGUCUAUGCUCAAAUUAAAGUGACAAACUAGCCCUGCCUUUCCAGUGAGGCAGGCAUCCAGUUCCUCUCAUCUCAGUGCCAUCUCUGUAUGUUGCUUUCCCUUAUUAAAAAUUUUAGACCACAACCUGAGUGGAACUGCAGUCAUGGUUGUCUGGGUAUGAUCUGGUGGUAUUACAUUCAGCAAUUUGGAAGACCAGUGGUCAAUGUUUUUCCAGGCCGGAGAAAAGAUUACUGGCCCUCCCACUUGGACCUACAGCCUGUUGAACACUUGAGGGCCAAGACUGCCUCCCUUGUAUCCUUCCAGGUGUGUGGUACAGAGCUCAGUGCACAGAGUAUUCACUCGAGUUACUGAUCUACUUUGAGGAGCCAGCCAAGCGAGCCGUCUAUCAAGGAUCUCAAAUAACGAGUUCAAGGAUCUCACCAAACCUUCUGCAAUGUUGGCUCCUUCUUCUUCAUUUGUCUGUCUUCUCCAGAAAUCAUAAAAGACUAUCAUAAUAGACAGGUGAUGGUGCCCUAGAACAAGCUCAGGAUCGAUUAGGGUACAGGUUUCAAACUCGGCCACUAACUGGC